GUGGAGUGUAGCAGCAUGCGGUUGUUUGUUGUGUUGGAUCACUGCGGUGCUCGUGCCGUCGAGCUGCACGUGGAAGAAGAUGCCACGGUGAGAACACAAGUGCAUCACUCGUUGCAGGCUCAUCCAUGAUUCCGCAUCACUCAUUGUUCCGCUCACCUCACGGAUGGAUGUGUGUUUGGUGUCGUGCAGGUGAGCCACGUGCUGCGCAUGUACGGGUGCAGCGGUGCCAUCGCGGCACUUCCACUCUGCCUCACCUACCACAGCAAACCGGUACAUCACGUCCGUCUGCAUUCCAACCAUCCAUCCAUCCAUCCAUCAGCUGGAACACACCAAGAUCCUGAAGGACUACCACAUCAAGCAGGACGCCAUCCUGCUUGCCGUCGUCGACAGAGACCUGCUCAGUGUGCUGUUCCCCAGCAACGUCGGUGACAAGAUCACACUGGGACCUGUCGAGGUGGGGAGAAGGGAGGAGGGAUACGCACGCACUGUGCAUCGGCUGCCGUGUUUUGUGUCACGUCAGGAGCGUGGCUCACCUCGUAGCAUUGAGAACGGAGAGCGGCUGGCCAAGGCCUACAAAGACGGACGCCAGACGGUAUGUGUGCAUAUGGCGAGGGUGAUGGGUGAGCGGGCCAUGUGUGAUGGUGUGGUGUGCUGUGUGUGUGGCUCUUGGUUCCGUGUUUGCAGAUCAUGCAGAUCACAUCGUUCAAGUACGCAGACAACAAAUGCGAGCCCAUCAUUGGAGUCUUCGACAUCGCAUCCCGCAACACGGCAUAUCAUGGUUCGUAUUCCAUCGACACGCACCGACAGAGAGACGAUGAACCCUGCACACGUUUUGCUUUCCCAUGUCAGCGUGUGAGUUUUCGUUUUCGGAGCUCAAGGACUGCCUGGCCGAUCUGCAGUCGAGCGCCCUAGACAACAUUACGUGGGUGGACGUGCACAGCGUGAGCUCGGUGUGGAAGGCGCAGAGUUGCCUCAUCGAGUCCGCCAGUUUGUGGGAGUUGCGGUACCUCAAGACCGUUGCUGCUCUCCAAUCGGUAAGUAUCGCCAACCAAGGGGAGAGAGGGGCAGGGGAGGGAGAAAGCAAAAUCACGACAACCAGGGAAUUCCUUCGUCUUUGUCGUUUUGUUUCGAUCAGGCCAGCCGCGGCCUCGAGGAGCAGCAGCAGCUCAUCGGCAAGCAGCAGCAGCUCAUCGGCACACAGCAACAGAGACUCAAGUAAGUACACCCCUCUCCACAUACAAACACAAUGGCGACCGAACCAUCCAUUCUCAUAUUGGUUGUCGUUUCAUCCAUGCCGAUACAUGCGUCAGGGAGCAGGACGCUACCAUGGCCGAGCAGGAGGGCAAGGUCCAGGCGCUGCAGGAGGCCAUGCGUGCCCUCGAGGCCGACAAUGAGCGCCUGGCUGACCAGGUCGCCCUGAACGGCGACCUGCGCCUCAACGAGAGCAGUGCUGCCGAGCUGGCGGCUCUGGGCGCCAAGAUCUCCGGCGAGAUCGAGCGUCUGAGCAAGCUAGCCGAGGAAGCUGAGGCGGCGCGGGCGGAGCAGGAGGAGCGCGAGGAGGAGGACAAGAAGCGACAGGCGGAGAUGGCCGAGGACUACGAAUCCUUUGAGGAGGACGAGGAAGAGGAGGAAGAGGAGGAAGAGGAGGAAGAGGAGGAGGAAUACCCCGUUGCCACAGGUGGGUUGACAGGGAGGCCAGAAAGGACAGAUUCACCCGGUCUGUUGCGUUGCAUGGAUGUGCGCGCGUGUGUGUGCCAGGCAGCCGCAAGCACACUCGUUUCCACGUGUGAUAUGAAGGCCACAGCAUCUUGCGUGCUAUUCUCUGACUGGUGGACGUGCCGACAGACAGACAGACAGACAGAAGGACAGACAGACCGAUCGAUUGUGACAGGGGUAUUGUGCUGCAAACAGUGACUAUGG